UUCAUCGCAACCUUUAGAGUCAUUCUUCUCUCUGAAACUUGUAAGCUUAUUUUCUUGAGAAAAUCGUAAUUUUCUGGGAAAAUGUCGGGUCGUGGAAAGGGAGGCAAGGGGCUGGGCAAAGGAGGAGCGAAGCGUCACAGGAAGGUUCUGAGAGAUAACAUCCAAGGAAUCACAAAGCCUGCAAUUAGGCGUUUGGCUCGUAGGGGAGGCGUGAAGCGUAUCAGUGGUCUGAUCUACGAGGAGACUCGUGGAGUCCUCAAGAUUUUCCUGGAAAAUGUCAUUCGCGAUGCCGUUACCUACACUGAGCACGCUCGGAGGAAGACGGUGACCGCCAUGGAUGUUGUGUAUGCGCUCAAGAGGCAAGGAAGGACUCUUUACGGAUUCGGUGGUUAGGGUUUCAUCUUAUUAAAAUCUCGUGUUUGUUUUAGGUUUUGUCUUCUGGGUUUUGAGAUCUAGCAAAUUCCAAUCUGGUUGCAGUUGCUGUUUGCCUUUUGAUUUUGCUUUAUUCUGAAAACUGGAUUAUAGGGAUUUAUCGAUCUCGACGAUGUUAUCGUUUCUGUAACUACUCGUUUUCAAAUGCCCAUGUUUCCGUGUUCGCUUUUGAUAUAGUGCCGAUGGUUCAUAUUCCAA